UUCAAACGCUCUAUCAGCUCUCGGUUGGCAGUCGUUUGAGAGUCGUCGGGCUGGUCGGUGGCCAAUAGAUCUUCUCGUUGAACAAGUGGAGGCAAAAUGAAGUUACGGAGUGCCCUUCAAAUACUUCUUGUGAGCCUUGUGGCUCUCCAGCAACUCGAUCUGGGCGAAGGAUCUCGUAUCCUGGCCGCCUUCUUCUUUCCCGGCAAAAGUCACUUCAUGAUGACCAAUGCCAUUAUCCGAGAGCUGGUGAAACGAGGUCAUGAAGUCACUUUCAUCACUCCCUUCUCCCUGGCUAAGGAGAACCUGGGUCCCAACUACAAGGAGAUCGUAAUUGAUCAGUACAACUUCUGGCCUGAGAUCAAAGAGCUGACCAACACCAACACCAUUCUGGAAAUGACAGACUUGAGCAAACUGACCUUCCUUCGAAUGGUGAACGUUAUGGGAACUCACAGCACGGACUUUGCCUUCGAACAGCCCGGCAUUCAGGCCGUUAUCAACGCCAAGGAUAAGGUCGGGAAGUACGAUCUCCUGCUGGUGGAACAGUUCUACAACGAGGGUGCCCUCAUUCUGGGUCACUUGUAUGAGAUCCCGGUCAUUACCGUCUCAACCUUUGGCUACGCCAACUACCUAAGCCAACUAUUCGGCAUUGUCUCCCCCUGGUCCUACGUUCCUCACCUAUACAUGCCCUACACUGAUCGCAUGUCCUUGUGGGACCGUGCUGGAAACGUAUUCAUGAGUGCGACCGAGGAUCUCAUGAGAAGAUACUCCUAUUAUCCCGAGCAUGAUGCCAUCCUGCGGAAGCACUUCUCUCACCUACUGGACAGGGUUCCGACAAUUAACGAACUUGAAAGAAAUAUCUCGGCCAUUUUACUGAACACUUAUGUGCCAUUGGCGUCUCCCAGACCGAUCUCCUACAACAUGAUUCCCGUGGCAGGACUCCACAUUCAGCCACCCAAUGCUCUGCCAGAAAAUCUUCAGAAGUUCCUCGAUGGAGCCACUCACGGAGCCAUCUACUUUAGUUUGGGUUCCCAAGUCCAAAGUGCAGACUUACCACCAGAAAAGCUCAAGAUAUUCCUGAAUGUCUUCGGCAGCCUCAAGCAGAGGGUUUUGUGGAAGUUCGAGGACGAGUCUCUGCCCAAUCUUCCCGCCAACGUAAAGGUGCAAAAGUGGAUGCCCCAGGCAGACAUUCUGGCCCAUCCCAACGUGAAAGUGUUCAUUGCCCAUGGCGGAUUGUUUGGCUUCCAGGAAGCUGUUCAUUACGGAGUGCCAGUUCUGGGAAUGCCCGUCUAUGCCGAUCAGUAUUCGAACCUCAAUAAUGGCAAGCAAUCAGGCCUGGCGUUGGUCAUGGAUUACAGGAAGUUCACUCAAGAGGAGCUUCGUUCGAACCUUCUUGAGUUGCUGGAGAACCCAAAGUUCAGAAACAACAUGAAACAGGCAUCGAAGGUAUUCCGGGAUAGACCUCUCAGCGCCAUGGACACGGCCAUGUACUGGAUAGACUAUGUGAUCGAGCACCGAGGAGCUCCCCAUCUAAUUUCCGUUGGUGUGGAGCUUCCCUGGUACCAGUUCUACCUCCUGGACGUCAUUGGACUGGCCCUGGCAGUAGUCCUACUGCCCAUCCUGGCGCUAUUUUGUAUCUGCCGAAAGAGCUCCAAGAAGACGUCCAACAGUCCUAAGAGGAAGAUUAAGAAGAAUUGAAACAUAAUAUUUAUGUUGUUUAUCCAAAAACUUUAGUUUUAAUAUUUGCUUGUGAAAUUAAAUUAAACCUCAAUAAAGUAACUAAACCAGUUUUUGAA